CACCACACUCAGCCUGGUGCCCUUGUGCCAUGAACACCCUGUGCACUGCACAUUGCAGCCCAGGGCACUAUCUGUGGUCUUCAUCUCUUUCUUGCUCUAUCCUCUUUCCUUCUGUAACCCUGCUGACUUUCAUGUUUCCACCUCGAACCUAUGUGUCUCAUCUAAUCUCUAGACUCUUUUCAUCUACGUCCUGAACUUCUCUUCCUGGAUGUCCCGUGGGGUAUCCUAAUUUUGCUAUGGCCCAAACUCAGUUCAGAUCUGCACACUUGCAAAUAUGCAAAUAUGCCUAUUUUUCUGUAUGCCCUCUCUUGGUUAAUGACAGCACCUUCCAUCUUCUUAUUCUGCUGAAAACUUCAAGAUUAUCAAUGCCUCUUCCCUUUCCGCAAUUUAAGGCUUUUGUCCUCUCCCAGGUUCACUACUGGAAGAACCUUCUAACCAGUUUCCCUAUCUCCAGAGCCUCUCCCCUCCAAAUCACUCUCCCCACUGCCACCAGGUUUCUUUUUUCACACAGACUUGAGCAUAUUUUCCUUUGUUUCAAAACCCAUUUUGUCUUCUAAUUAACCAUAAGAUAAAGUCCAGAUGCUCAGGCAUUGCACAUAAAACCCUUUAUAUCUUGGCCCAAACCUACAAAACUUUUCCAGUCCUACACCUUGCCUCUGCUCCCAAAACAUGCCUUGCUCUUAGCCACAUCCGAUUAUGAUGCACCCUUUCUUGAACAUGAUUUUAUUCACUGCGCCUUCGCUGGUGCCUUGAAUGCCCUUCUCCUGUUCUUUGACUUGUAAAAAUCUCAUCCACUCUUCAAGAUCAUGCUCUCUUGUCACUUCUAUUUUCAGGCACCCUUUGGCCCUAAUUGACAGUGCUCUCCUCAUUGCUUCUACAGUCUACAGAGCUACUGGUAUGCUACUACAGAUAGUCUAAAAGUUGUUUUGCAUCUCUUUCCUACUACAUUGAGUUUCUUAAGGGCAAGAUAAAGCUUUGUUCGUCUCUAUAGCAUCAGCAGUUUGUCCAGUGCCUAGUACAUGUUAGAUAUUGAAUAAAAAUUUAUGACGAGUUGGGCAGGAUGCUUGAACAUCAUUUUGUGAAAGGACCAGUGAUUUCUUUCUGUAUAAUUUUCAGCCUCUUCUUUUUCAGAUAUUGAAAGAACCUCAGAAUAGGAUGGUUGAUGGGCCCACUUAAAAUAGUUGCUAUGUUAUAGCCCCAAUUUUUAGCCGAGUCUCUCUAGGGACAUAGAAACUGUGCUUUCUCAAAUGACUGAUUAGUGCCUGAGUAUGGAUUUUUCCAGAUAUCAGAGUUCCUUAGAACUGCGAUGAUUUUCAAUCUAAGAAGACCUAGAUUCUAGGUUACACACACACACACACACACACACACACACACACAACCUCAUUGUUUUGAAUAGCAGAUACAGGGUUUCAGUGUUUUUGUUUUACCCUCUGUACGUUCUAUCCCAACAUCUUACUAAGGGCUGAGAUUUCAGGGCAUGAAAAAUGGAAUCAACAAAAACAAGGUUUUUACAAUCUCAAAACUUUGGGAAACUGUUAUCUUGAAAACCUAGAGGGGGAGCAUCAGUUAGUUUUGUAGAGAACUCGGUGAAACAAUAUUGAUGCAUAAGGCUAGCCUCUGUCAUCCUCCUGAGUUAAACCCAACGGGACAUGCUGGACUAUACAGGAGACACUCGUGGACUCCGUGAAGACCAGAUGGGUAGUGUUCUUGAAAUGAGCAGAUGUCUAUUUGUAGAACUCUGUAGCUUUGGAGUGGGUGGGAAAGAGCUUGGUUCCAAUUCCCCCUCAAAGACAAUUAUUUGCUUCUGAUGAGAAUCCAAGCAACAAGUUGCCAUUGAGAAUGCAGUGAUUGGUCAGCAAACGAAGCCUAUAGGAAGAGCCUUCGGGUGCAUUCCUUGUGACAUCUCGACCCGUCCUAAGCCCGACGCUUAAUUAUGGGACCUCUCAGCUCCUCCCUCCCGCCUCGAGCUCCCUUUUGGCUUCUCACAAGGCUUCCUGGGGACGAUUCCCCGAUGCUAGAGUACUUGCGGUCUGGGCCCAUAGGGAACCCGUCAGCCUCCCUCCUUGGAGCGGGCCUGAUCCCGGGAGGGCGACCGCGCGGCCCGGAGGCGGGAACCCAGGGGGGCGAACGCUCCGGCGCCGCCCUGGCGCGCAGACCAUCUGCGCGGUCGUGCGCGGGGGCAGGCGCGGCCUCAGCCCCCGGGCGCUGGCGGACCCAGCGCGUCAGCUAGGCCGCCCCCGUCGGCCCUCCCCCGGGCGGGGCCAGCCCCGACGGCGCUGACUCAGCAACGCGAGGGGGGAGUUUUGUCCCUCCGCGGACCCCGUUUCUCCCGGCCUCAGCCUCCCCGCCGCCGCCGCCACCGAGCCGGUUUCCUUUUUCCGGCGCUCCGGGUGCGAGAGACAGGUCGGGCCCCCUAGGCAGCGAGCCGCAGCUCAACCCCGGCGCUCGCCCAAGGACCCUGGAAGCUACCGUUCCCCGCCGGGCAGCGUGGGCGCCAUGAGCAGCUCGGGACUGAAUUCGGAGAAGGUAGCUGCUCUGAUACAGAAACUGAAUUCUGACCCCCAGUUCGUACUUGCCCAGAAUGUCGGGACCACCCACGACCUGCUGGACAUCUGUCUGAAACGGGCCACGGUGCAGCGGGCGCAGCAUGUGUUCCAGCACGCCGUGCCCCAGGAGGGCAAGCCAAUCACCAACCAGAAGGGCUCAGGGCGAUGCUGGAUCUUUUCUUGUCUGAAUGUUAUGAGGCUUCCAUUCAUGAAAAAAUUAAAUAUUGAAGAAUUUGAGUUUAGUCAAUCUUACCUGUUUUUUUGGGACAAGGUUGAACGCUGUUAUUUCUUCUUGAAUGCUUUUGUGGACACAGCCCAGAGAAAGGAGCCUGAGGAUGGGAGGCUGGUGCAGUUUUUGCUUAUGAACCCUGCAAAUGAUGGUGGCCAAUGGGAUAUGCUUGUCAAUAUUGUUGAAAAAUAUGGUGUUAUCCCUAAGAAAUGCUUCCCUGAAUCUUAUACAACAGAGGCAACCAGAAGGAUGAAUGAUAUUCUGAAUCACAAGAUGAGAGAAUUCUGUAUACGACUGCGGAACCUGGUACACAGUGGAGCAACCAAAGGAGAAAUCUCGGCCACGCAGGACGUCAUGAUGGAGGAGAUAUUCCGAGUGGUGUGCAUCUGUUUGGGUAAUCCACCAGAGACAUUCACCUGGGAGUAUCGAGACAAAGAUAAAAAUUAUCAGAAGAUUGGCCCCAUAACACCCUUGGAGUUUUACAGGGAACAUGUCAAGCCACUCUUCAAUAUGGAAGAUAAGAUUUGUUUAGUGAAUGACCCUAGGCCCCAGCACAAGUACAACAAACUUUACACAGUGGAAUACUUAAGCAAUAUGGUUGGAGGGAGAAAAACUCUAUACAACAACCAGCCCAUUGACUUCCUGAAAAAGAUGGUUGCUGCCUCCAUCAAAGAUGGAGAGGCUGUGUGGUUUGGCUGUGAUGUUGGAAAACACUUCAAUGGCAAGCUGGGCCUCAGUGACAUGAAUCUCUAUGACCAUGAGUUAGUGUUUGGUGUCUCCUUGAAGAACAUGAAUAAAGCGGAGAGGCUGACUUUUGGUGAGUCACUUAUGACCCACGCCAUGACCUUCACUGCUGUCUCAGAGAAGGAUGAUCAGGAUGGUGCUUUCACAAAAUGGAGAGUGGAGAAUUCAUGGGGUGAAGACCAUGGCCACAAAGGUUACCUGUGCAUGACAGAUGAGUGGUUCUCUGAGUAUGUCUACGAAGUGGUGGUGGACAGGAAGCAUGUCCCUGAAGAGGUGCUAGCUGUGUUAGAGCAGGAACCCAUCAUCCUGCCAGCAUGGGACCCCAUGGGAGCUUUGGCUGAGUGAUACUGCCCUCCAGCUCUUUCCUCCUUCCAUGGAACCUGACGUAGCUGCAAAGGACAGAUCCAGGGACUGAAGCCAAAGUUAUGCAAGGGACUGUGUGUUGCCACAGGACACAGUCAUAUUUCCAGUCUCCACCAGGAACCUCUUCGGAAAGUGUGCUUUAUGCUGAAACAGAAUACUGUUAAAGAAAAAAAAAAGGGGGAGGAAGAUCAGGUCAUACUAUCUACUCUCCUCAUCUCUAACAGCUCAGGAUCUCUUAGCAUUUUAAUUAGAUGUAAUUGUUUGUCUAUAACUGUCAAAAAGUUUGGUUCUGUGUCUGUGUUUUAAUAAGACAAGAGAGGACGAGCAAUUGAGGUAUAUGGAGAGAAAACAGACCUAAUGCUCCUUGUUCCUAGAGUAGAGUGGAGGGAGGGUGGCCUAAGAGUUGAGCUCUCGGAACUGCAUGCUGCUGGACAGUAUCACUGUCUUUCCUAGAUGGCAGUCACUGAAUUCCAUUUUUUCAAGGUAAUUUCUUGUGCCUCUAAUAGCCCAAGAAUGGGAGGUUGAUCAGAUCUGACAUGAUUCCUUCCUGUUCUGAACUGUGGGGUGCACGUCUCUGCUUGAGUCAGGUUUGAGUAGAGGCUUAGAGACAGUUGGGUGAGAACAACCAAAAUCUUAUCGUGGUCUCAGUUAUAAUCAUUAGGGGGAGCUCUAGCCAAAUGGUUUAACUUCUGCCUUUGGAACUGGGGAUUGGGUGGGCAGGAAAAGGUGAUAUCCAUUCUUUCUGAUAACUAGAUGGUGCUGAGAAGCUUUUGAAUAAAAACUUUGCUAAAUGAGAA